UUUAGGAAAUGAUGCGCCAUUUUGUUGCAUUUGCACUACUGUUAUUCGUUUUGGAAAUCUCAGGCGUCAUACUGCCAGUCAUGCUGCCAAAAAAGAAGUUAUGCGGCCACGGUGCUCCGUGGCCACCUUGCUUCCUUAACAAUGAUCAUGGGUGCAGAGCACGCUGCUUGAAACAAUUAAAUUGCCAAAACGCACACUGCGAAAAAGUAAAAGGAAAAUCUUUCUCUUGGAGAUGUGUCUGUGAGGACUGUCCCGGUGGUCAACAGAAGAACCUGCGUGGAGAGAUUCUUGGUCCUGUACCUAAUUGAGCUUUUUGCGCCACAUACCAGUAUGAAGUUAUUAUGAUGCGUUAG